AGAGAGAGAGAGAAAGAGGAAGAGGAAGAGGAAGAGAGAGAGGGGGCUAGUGGAUGUAGCUCUAGCUGUGGGCCGGGGGGUGAGCUACCUAGCCCGGGCUGCUCUGCCGAAACAUCCAUGGGUGGCUGUGUAGGGAGCCACCACGACUCCUCGGGCAGCUUAAACGAGAACUCGGACGCCACCGGAGUGACUCUAGGGCGUAACCAGCCCCUGAAGAGAGAACGGCCCAAAUGGAAAAGUGACUACCCGAUGACUGAAGGCCAGCUGCGCAGCAAGAGAGAUGAGUUCUGGGAUACGGCGCCAGCAUUCGAGGGCCGGAAGGAGAUCUGGGAUGCGCUGCGGGCCGCGGCCAGCGCCUUUGAGAGCAGUGACCACCUGCUGGCUCAGGCCAUCCUCGACGGGGCCAGCAUUACACUACCACACGGAGCUCUGACCGAAUGUUAUGAUGAACUUGGGAAUCGAUACCAGCUGCCAGUCUACUGCCUCUCUCCUCCCGUCAACAUGAUUGAAGAGCGCUCUGAUGAGCCCGACGGUUCAGAUCCAGACUCCGGGGCCGCGGAGCCGUCCACCGGCAGCGACGCCGCCUCGGGAGGGGAGUGCCAGCUCCGGCUCCGGCUCUCCACAGGUCGCGACCUCCGGCUGGCGGUGCGUUCCUCGGACACGGUGGGCAUGAUGAAGCGUCGUCUGCACAGUCAGGAGGGCGUGCCCGCUGCGACCCAACGCUGGUUUUUCUCAGGGCGGCCACUGACUGACAGGCUGCGCUUGGACCAACUCAACAUCUCCAGGGACUACGUGGUGCAGGUCAUCCUCAGCCAGCCGCCGCAGGCCGAGCCGGCGUCAACGACAGGACACACACCAGAGGCCUCUGGGCCAGUGGCGGCGGAAGGAGUGGCAGCACUGUCACAGGAGCCGACACCGGUGGAGAAUUAACUCCACCCAACCUGUUAGCCUGCAGGUGGGCAUGUCAGUGGGCUGGUCGUCAAGAAGAAGGAGGAUAACGGGAGAAAAAAAAAGAAUGAUUUUCUCUUUUGAUCUCUUCCCAUUUCUUCUCUUCCCAUUUCUCCUCUUCUUCUCUUCUCUCCACUUCUCUUUUCUUCUCCUCUUCUCCUCUCCUCUUCAAUUCUCUCCUCUUUUCCACGUCUCUUCUCUCCUCUCCUCUUUUACUUUUUGCUGAGAAGGGCUUUGUUUGGGCAGAGGUUGGCUGUCUGCCGGAGCAAAAGGACUCUUAAAUCGAGAAAAGACUCUUCCUUUUUGGUUUUACACGUUGAAAUUUUGACCUUUUUAAAAGUCUUUUUAACUGUUCCUAUGGAAACCAAACAACAAAAAAGAGAACUAUGUCGGACGGCAUAAAGGGUUUUUCUUAGCAACACUGAUGUUCAAAUGUUCUGUGUUUCAGUUUCCACUCAAGGUCGGCUCUGUGACCAAACCUGAUCAGCAGACCUGUUGAGUCCACAGGGUUAUAAAUACAUACAUACACUUAUAAAUACAUUUUUAUUACAAUACAAUUCAACAUGGGCAGUUAAGAAGGAAAGGAAUAAAGACACAUAAAACAAUCAUGACAGUUAUUCAAACAAAUAUUCUUAAUGCUGUGUGAAUCAGACUGAGAACUCUUUCUCAUUUGGGGAAUAAGUCAGUAUACCAUGCUGUAAAGAAAGGCUGCUAACAAGUAACAGAUUUGUCCUCCCUCUUGGCAAGGGGUUGCAGUCGGGGGGGCAUGUCGCUGGAUUAGAUGCUUUAUUUCACUCUGCUUCACAGAACAAUCAAAGCAAUCAUGUAAUAAACAUUAAGUAGUCAGUCAGCCUAUGUGUGUGUGUGUGUGUGUGUGUGUGUGUGUGUGUGUGUGUGUGUGUGUGUGUGUGUGUGUGUGUGUGUGUGUGUGUGUGUGUGUGUGUGUGUGUGUGUGUGUGUGUGAAUAAGCGUAUGUGUGCGGGGAUGUUCGUAUAUGAUCAAGACACAACCACAAUUAUUCGUAUGGCAAAAAGGAUGGAACAUCAGAAACACAGUUGAAUAUUUUGAUUAAAAAUAGAUUGUUUUUAAUUAAAAUUGAUAAUUGUUUCUAU